AUGGUCUGUCGAUACAUCCGUGAAUGCAUUCUACGCAUGGGCCUCCGCAGUGGCGUUUUUCACUCUACCGCCGGUCGACAGCCCAGCGUAUUCCUUCUGGAAAUAAACCCCCGAGCGCCGGGUUACAUCGGUUUGUAUGCUUCUAGCUGGACCUAUGGCGUGGACCUAUGGGCGCUGUACAUGCUUCACUGCGUUGGAGACGAGGCCCGAUUUCGCGCUCUCUCUACACCCUUCACCAACGGUGCGCAGCACGACAGUGCUGUUCUACUCAUCAUGCCAGAGAAACGAGGUAUACUACGGCUCCAAGAUCCAAUGCUGAGACUACAACACGAACAGCCUCAUUUGGCUGCUGCCGUGCCUCUUUGCCUAAACUACUUCCAGGUGGGACAGGAAGUGACGCCACCGGACAAAACGGAGAACGUGUCCGGAUGA